AUGGCUACCGCCAUAUAUCCCUACAUUGCACCAAAAGAACUCAAAAAAGAAGAAGACGAUUCUACCGCCCGCGAGCUCUCCUGGCUUCUCGACUCCGUACAAGAAACUCUCGCCUCGCUGAAAUCAGGCCUAGAAGAAUGCUAUGCUUUGCUAGCACCGAUAGAACCGGGUUCGACGCUCGUAACGUCGAGUCCGCGGAGUGAAAGCGUGAAGGGACAUAUUACGAGGGUGGGAACGACGAUUGUUAAAGGGUCGCUCCACCUCCGUCUACGCACCUAUUCUCCCCUCCAACUCAGUAUCUCCCAAGAGCACCCCCUUAUCCUCCCCCAGCUCUCCCGCCUCCGCGCGCUCCUAAACCAAUCUCUCGACUGCGUCGACAUAACCCGCUGGACGGGUGACCGACAUUCAGCACCUUUUAUAACGUCCCAACUACACCUCCUCCACAGCAUCCUCAUCGAGGCCCUAUCCCUAUUGAAAGGCCCUGUACUCUUACAACCAACAUCAGACACACCACCACAAACCCCAUCCUUGACAGAUAUCGAGGCCUCGGUUUCAGCUCACUCCCCGCCAUGGAACGAAAUAUCCUACGACGCUCAAACAUUCACGCCUGCCCUUCCACAAAACCUCUCCUUGCAUUUCCUCCCCACAUCGUCAUCGUUAAUUCUUACCGUCCGUGUUCUGGAACCGACUUCCACCCCGCCGUCCACAUUCAAUAAACUCGCACUAGCCAUCGGCGCCCAGAGACGCUUGGAGCAUGAUGAGAUUGAUGAGGUGUUUAUGUACAAGGGCGAGGAGGUGAGGGUUAGAGAGAAGGUUAGAGUGGAGAGUAGUGCCGAUCCGGUGCUACUUGUGCUUGGGGCGAAACUGGGGAGUUUGGAGAGGUGUGUCGAGGCGGGACGGAUGGGGUUGAGGGCAGUGCUAGGAGUUGACGAUGAGGGGUAG